UCUGCUUUGACUGUUUGCAUAGGACAUAUGUCUACAACUACGACAAUAAUAGAUGGUAAGAACGGAUCUGUUCCUUCAUCAUCCAUGAAAGUGGGCAAGAAGUCAGUUACAGAAGACCUCGUGACAACGUUCAGCUCACCAGCAGCAUGGCUUCUUGUUGUUGCUCUGAUUGUUACCUGGUCAGCAGUAGCUAUUGUAAUGUUUGACUUGGUGGAUUACAAAGACCUUGCAGGAAAAUCUGUUAACAAGCUCAGCACAGAACCACUGAGAAUCAUUCAUGAGACACUGGAAGAAUCCGCCGAUUGGAUUUAUGGCUUUUUUUCUUUACUAUCUGACAUCGUAUGGAGUGAUGACGAUGACGAGAGUGAUGAAGGUGAAGUGGAACCUUCCAUGAAAAAAGAAAUUCAUAAAGAGAAAACAGAGAGACAUGAAAAACGAACACCAACAAAGGCAAUUCACAGAGAUAAACCUGAAAAGCAAGAAAAAAUUGAGAGGAAGGAACCCCUAAAGGUGACACAUAAAGACAAAGUGGAAAGACAAGAAAAACCGGAAAAAAAGGAAAGGCACGCAGCUAUUCACAAAGAGAAACCUGAAAAGCUAGAAAAACCUGAAAAGAAAGCACCUACUAAAGUAACUCAGAAAGAUAAACCUGAAAGACAUGAAAAAGCUGAAAAGAAACCUCCCAAAGAGGAGAAGAAAGUAAAGAGCGCUAAGGUGGAAGCAAAAGUUAAAAAGGAAGUGAAGGAUGGAAAAGGAGAAACGAAGGCGGCCGAGAAGGUCAAGCAGGCAGAGAUUAAACCAACAGAAACUGGGCUAAUAAAGGCCAAAACGAAAGUUAAGGAAGAGAAAGCUCUUCAGACUGUAUCUAAAUCGGACAAGAAAGAUCAAUAUGCAUUCUGUCGCUAUGUGAUUGACAUGUUUGCGCAAGGGGAUUUUUAUCCAGGACAUAAGGAAUUUGUACCACCUCGUCUUCUUCUAGAACACAGUCCAAGAAAGAAACCAUCAGCUAUUGAAGAGAGGAAAGAGGAAAAGAAGAAAACUGAUGAAAAAAAGAGUAAGACUGAAACGAAAAUGAAAGAAAAAACAGGAAAAAAAGAGAAAGCACAUGAGAAGACAGCUGUCCCUGAAAUUAAAAAAACAGAUAAAAAAGAAGCUGAUGUGUCCAAAGAACUCAAAAAGCCAGCAAAAGCUCCUGCAGCCAAUCCAGCCAUCAAAAAAGCAGCAGCACCAGAACCACACAAGAAAGAAAAAACAAUGGAAUCUGCCAAAACAGCAAAGAGAGAAGUAAAAGUACAUGCAUCUGUGGAAAAUACAAAGUUAAAAGCAGGAUCUGAAAAGAAGGAAGUAAAAGCAACAAAGGCAGCAGAACAAGAUAAACCAAAGGGGAAACAAGGAAAUCCUGGAAAAGAGAAAGAAUUGAAAUCUCCAGCUGCUAUAAAAGAUAAAGAACAUGCUAAAGAAAAGGAAGGAAAGAAUCCUACAUCUUUAAAAGAAAAAGAUUCUCUGAAAGGAAAAAAUCCCAAGAAUCCAGAGGGUUCAAGGGAAAAAGAGACCAGUAAAAGAAAAGAUGUGAAGCCUCCAGCAGCCUUAAAAGAAAAGGACUCUUCAAAAGGAAAAGAUAUUAAGGCUUCAAGUAAUACUAAGGAAAAAGUUGCAGUGAAAAAGGAGGGGGAGAAGAAAGCUACCUCAGGGAAACCUCAUGAACACAAGCAUGAACAUGUCAAACAUGAAAAAGCUAUCUCUCAGCCUAAGCCAGAGGAGAAAAUUAAACAACAGAAGGCAACUCCCACUGUGAAAUCAGUCCAGGCAAAGCCAGCAGAGCAUGGAGCAGUCAGACAACAAAAAGAUGUUCCACGAACAAAACCAGUCAAACCAAAAACCUCUGCAAAGCCAACAGCCGAAAUCCCAACAGCAGUUACAAAAAAACCAAAACCAAAGACAACUAAGGAAAAAGAAGAAAAACCAACUGAGAAGAAACAGCUGAAAAAUGAAAAAAAUAAAGAUGCCCCACCAGCAAAAGAAGCUCCACGACAUCAAAACCUGACAUCAGCUCCUGUUCGCUACUUUCAAUGUGUCUUCCUAAAUGGACCUAAUGGAUUUGGGCUGCAAUUUCCCACUAAUCCCCCUUCAAACAAGGAAGAAAAGACUCACUCAAAGACUUCCAAGAGAAAGACAAGGAAACCGGGGCAGUAGAGAGACUGAGUCCUGUGAUCACUGACAUUUUGCACUUUAUCUUUUCUGCUGAGGUCCACAGUAGCUACAGUGGUACUUGUCAUUGCAAGAACAUGAUCCACUUGCACAAAUGCACCUGUAUAAAAUUUCCAUGGGGCAGAGGCAGAACAAGCAGUAAGGAACUGUAUUUAACAAAAAGAAACACAAAAGUGCCCCGUUUCUCAUGGAAAGGCUGCAAUGCUAACAAAGCAUUGACGUGACUGUGUGUGUGAGCAUGUGUGUGUGUUUUACUGCCUAUUUUGCUCUUCUUGUUUUUCUUUACCUACAUGCUCAGCAUUGAAGUGAGUCUGUUUUCCAUUUAAUCUUAUCUAAGCGGAGAAAUGUUGAAUGUAGCUCUUAUAUCAGCAAGAUUGCGAGGCUUGCUGCAAUCCUAAAUCAUUUCUUUUUAAAGUUCAAUCACAUUGCUGACAGGAAAAAACCUCACUAAGUCAUGAAAAUGUGCUCUGUGACUGGUUCUAUUUUUAUGUCUCAUUGACCGGCGUAGCCCAAAGCUCACACUUACCUGGAACAGCUCAAUAUACUACCAGUAAGCUGACUCCCCAGGUCACAUUAAUGAUGAAUAUUUCUAUUUUACUUGAAGCUGUAAAGGCAUGGACUGUUUGCCCUGCCUGUUGGUGAAAUACAAACUCGUCUCCUUUUAAAGACAAAGUGAGAAGAGAAAGUGAAACCACACAGCAAAGUUUAGGAAAACCAGUGUUUAACCAACACGAAAGUCCCCAGAAACUAAUGAAAUAGUUAUAACGCUUCUAGUUUUCUUCUGUGGCUAAAUCAGAUUGACUUGCAGUGAAAAUGUUGUAAAUGGAGAAUAUACCAGCCAACCACUGGCUAUUAGCAUAAGUCAGAUGAAAAGCUAGGAUGUGAGAUGCAAUUCAUGAAACUAAGGCAACCCAAAUUUCCUAUGGGUAAGCAUGCAAAUUGAUACUAUCUUAGAUCAGUGAACAAAAAACAGCAACAAAAAAGCCAAACCAAAACCAAAACAGACAAACAAUCAGAAAACAGAAACAGGAACACCUGAAAUAAUCCAGGUAGUUUAUUUUACUAGAUGAAAUGAAAGGGCUUCCUCAUAGCACAAUACUGUAGAUAAGUUACAGAACUGAAAGACACACCAGUUCUCAACCUUCUUUUGUGCUUUUAUGUAGAAAUAACGAAUUUGUUGCCUUAAGAAAGAGAUAAGAUGGCAUUUGAUCCAUGUAAAAGGCACAUGACUGAAAACUGGCAUCUCACCUGUCUGUGGCUGGCAAUGUAAAUAAACAUGCAUUUUUGCAAGCUGCUAUUUGCUUGUAUUUCUUUACUGUAUUUUUGCAUUUAAUCUGGGAAAUACGCAGCAGUGAUCUUAGUUAUAUAGUUUCUUGGUGAAGCAGCAUGAUUUUCUUUGUACAACCUGACUACUUGUGGAGUCUGAACACACCAAAAACUAUAUACUACUUUUUUAGUUCUAGUAUAGUUGAAGAUAACAUUGGCCCUUUCCCUCAUCUCCUUUCCCUGCCCAUCCAUUCUUAUCUUCAUCAAAUAAUUGACUCACAUGAGUUUUGGGCAACUGAUUCUUUGACAGAUUAGUGCAAUUCAGAAAGCUUUGCUGUUACACUGCUGGAUCAGGUUGGUACUCUAUGACUACUGGUCAUGGCCUUACAUGAACUGGGUUCUUGGUCUUAGUGCACUCUGAUAUUGCACAGGUCCUGUGCUGCAAAAACUGUUAUUGCCACAAGCAGUUUAGGCAGUGGUGUGCAGAAAGAGGUAAGAGCAGCUAGGAUUAGCUCCUCCCCACGUAGGAGCACACUGCAGAUAAGUGUUCAUGGUGAAUACCCCCACCGUGCUCUGUGAAAUCUUCUCUGGAUAUAGUGCUGCCAACAGAGCACAUAAUAAUCUUUAGUUUUCUUUCAAUGUUGCUUUUUAUAUUUCCAGUUACUCUUUCCUUCCCAAUUUGUGAUUUUGUAUAUAUUAUUAUGGAUAUUAUUGCCCUAGGUUUUUACUGUGAAAGCUGUCUUAAAAUUAACAUUAUAACUUUCUGAAAAAUCAGUUAAGAUUUUAUCUAAUGCAAAUAAUCAUCACAAAAUUUUAAUAUACUAGAAGCCUUUAUUUUUUUCAGUUUCUUUCGGCAAAAUAUUUUUUCUCAUUAUAGUUAGCCUUAAUCCUUUCUUCCUAUCUGAGAUGGGAGAUGACAAGAAUUUAUUCCAGAUCUCAUUUCCAUAAUGUUUCAAUUAACUAUCUGAAAGCUUUGGAAAUAUAAAUAAUUAGUAUAAUUGAAUAAGGGAUAUAAAAUCAGUCAUUUAUUGUUGUUUCCAAAUCUUAGUCACUGCCUCAAAAAACUGGAGAAAUGGGUCUACUCUCAAAGUGGGAAGCAUAUUUCUCUUUAAA